UACAACUGGCCUCCUGCCAUGAACUCUCUCUCCACUCGUCGCCUUUUCCGUUCAUGUACGACCUCACUCUCGUCCAGGACGCUGGCUCGUUCUUCUCUCCCUCAUCGUCAGGUUGUCGCUUCCCAGUUAUUCCGACGCAGUUAUUCCGAGGGGCCUGCUGACCAGACAGCAGAAAAGAAGGACGAAACGAAGGAACCGCCCGCUUCAAACGAGGAGAAAGUCUCGAACAUAGAUUCAGAGAAACUGGCAGAGCAGUUGAAAGUCAAAGACGACGAGGUUGUCGACUUGAAAGGUCGCCUUCGGUAUCUUCAGGCUGACUUCCUUAACCUUCAGCGCAAUUCUGCUCGCGAAAAGGAGCAGACACGCGAUUAUGCUAUCUCACGUUUCGUUACCGACUUGCUCGAGACCGUGGAUGUCCUCUCAUUAGCACUAAAAUCCAUUCCUCCUUCUGUUCUCUCUCCUUCCGACACCUCAUCAUCAUCAUCAUCAUCUUUUCCGGCUCAGGAAAAAACACCUACGGAUUAUCUUCAAGAGCUUCAUCAUGGGGUGGAAAUGACACAACGACAACUCCUCCAGACUUUAUUCAAGUACCACGUCAAACCGUUCGACCCUACCGGAGACAGGUUUGACCCCAAUCGGCAUGAAGCACUUUACCAGGCUCCAAUACCGGGCAAGGAGCCUGGGACGGUCGUGGACUGUCAAAAACUCGGAUACACGAUAAAAGAUCGCGUGCUGAGGGCAGCACAAGUGGGAGUAGCGCAGGAGACGCAAUCGUAA